UCAGAGGGUGUUCUUUCACCAGUCAUUCCAGAAGAGACAGAGAAAUUAGUUAUGAAUUCACAACACUGCACUAACAGUCAACUGAACCCAGGUGCUGACUCAACCCCUGCUCUUUCCAGUACACGGCAAAAGCGUGGGAGACCUCAGAAGAAAGAACUGGUCAGUCCUGAUUUGAAGACUGUGGGAACUAUGAAAGAAAUUGACCACUACAGUUUCCCAACUGAGGCAAAUGGGCCUGCAUCAUCAACAUACACCACCACAGCAAAGACUGCUUCAGUCCCAGCGGUUGUUGCCCUAAGAAGGCCAUGCAAAAUCGAUAGACGACGGAAAAGAUUUAGAAAAAUGAAGGCAAUGGAAAUGGAAAGACUGACUGAAAAAGAGAAGGUCAGUAGCCUGUGCCAGGAUCCCCUGUCUGGUGUUGGGCACAUUUCCACCAACAGUACGCUUGUGAAAUUUGAGCCAGAUCAUAAUGCAGAAAAAGCAACUUCAUUAAUACAGCAGGUCAGUACAAGCAGGAAGACAACUUAUGGCAAUAGAAAGAGACACAAAAUAAAGAGGUCAGUGUGGAACAGGAAGAGAAUAGUACAAGAUACACAGCUCAAAGUCCAUCAGGAUACUGCUGUGAAGCAGAUGUGUGAAAACAAGGAGUCAGUGAACAACUCUAAGGACUUUCCUGUUGAAAAGGAAAGAGCAAGUGCCGAAUCCAUGGACACUUAUGAACAUGAUUCUCUCAGUCCUCAAAAAACUCAGUCUAUGCUGCCUGUUCAUGUCCUCCAGACAAGAACUAUGAAGGUUGAAUUUACAGAUGGAAACCCACCAUGUGAUGACAUCUCAGUUGAAAAUGAGAAGCUGCUACAUAAUGUAACUGUGAACUUGCAGCCUGAAUAUUGUAGGGAUGAUCAGUUGGCUAAGACAAAUGUAGAUCAGGAUGUCCAAGUGAAACUUAAGGAAAUGCCUUGUAUACUGAACAUCAAAAGUUCAAAAAGAAUGAAGGAGGAAGGUGUGUUCUUACAAAACACCCUAACAGAUUUUUCAAAGGCAGUGAAGGAGACUGGAGAAACAACGUCAAAGGAUUCAUGCUGCAAGCCCCUUAACAAUGAGGACAAACAAGAACAUGUGGUGGUUGUUGGGCAAAGGAAUCAGUAUCUGAAGCUGAAGGAUUCCCACAGUUCUGACAUCAGUAGUGAUGAAGUUCUUGCAGAAAAUUCUAAUGGAGAUUGCAAUGGCUCACUUUCUCGUGGCCGGCCACGCAAAGAGAAGAAACCUAUCAAAUGCGAGUAUUGUGACCGCCUUUUCAAUCAUCUCUCUCCUUAUAUCAUCCACCGCCGUAUUCAUACAGGUGAAAAGCCUUUCAGCUGCCAGGAAUGUGGCAGAUCCUUUGCUCAGCUGUCCAACCUCAGAUCUCAUUAUAAAGUUCAUAAAGGUUCUUCCAAGCAACAUUUCAGAUAUUCCAACAAAUCAAACAAAUUUCCCCUGCAACGAGAUAACCAACGUCAAAGCAAGUUGCAUGCCACAGGAAGCAGUAAGCAGCUGAGAACUGUUGAAAACUUUGACAGUGACUGUUUUGUUACACCUGACAACACUUCUCCUAAAAAAGGCAAAGUCCAGGUAUGCCCUUACUGUGGAAAAGCAUUUCGCUUUAGAUCAGUGCUUAACAUUCACCUACGAGUUCACAGUGGAGAGAAACCAUACUUAUGCAGGGUUUGUGGAAAAGGCUUUACCCAGGCAUGCAGUGUUCGUAUCCAUGAGAGGAUACACUGGUCUGUCAAGCCUUUUCUGUGUUCCAAGUGUGGUAAAGGGUUUUCUCAGAUAGGGACAUUGAAGGGACAUACCUGCCAUGGUAAUAAGCAGAUUCAUUCCACACUGAAAGACAUGGAAGUUUCAGGUGCUGUGACCUUCAGGUGCCAUCUUUGCAAGGAAUGCUUUGAUCAUAGGCAUGCCUACGAGCUUCACCUCCAAACACAUACUGAUAUCCAGCGUUACACUUGUGAUGUUUGUGGCGAGAAGUAUAGCCUCUUGUCUGAGCUUAAUGCUCAUCAAAAUUUCUGCUUGAAUAUGAAGAUUUUAGACACAAAACCUGAUCAUUCUGAACCUGUUGUUAAACCUCAGGUAAACUCUCAGCAUCUGCAGCAUACACAGUCAAUCUGUGCUGCUGUUAAGUUGGAGACACCACAACCAAAAAAACACAGUAAUCAAUUUUUAACUCCACUGUCUCUUCGCAGUCACAGUAUCCAACCACAAAGACAUAAAAAGUAUCUCUCCUUGUUGAGUUGCCCUAUCAAAAAGAUGGUCACCUCUGUUUAUGAUUCUCAGUAUAACUUCAAACAUCAGCCCUUUAAAAAUGGUCGUUUUGUAUCUCAGUUAAAUAGUGUUGACCAGAAAUCUGACCCAAGGAAAUAUUUUUGUCCGCGCUGUGGACGGCUCUUCCGACACGUGGGCAGGCUAAGAGCUCAUAUGCUUACACAUGCACGGGGUCAAAGCUACACCUGUGGUUGCUGUGGCAAGACCCUUGAAAAUUGGAGCAAGUUUUGGCGUCACCAGCGAAUUCAUCGACAGAAACAUGGACGCUUUUUCUGUCCAACAUGUGGCCAAGGUUUUCGUUUUGUAGGCGUGUAUGAGAAGCACCUGCAAGAGCACCCAGAGCUUAAUGCGUAUUUCUGUCCUAUUUGUCCUCACACGUUCUCCAGUGCGAAGAGAUUGAGGGACCACCAAGUGGAAUGGCAUGGAGCCUGCAUGCCGUAUAUAUGUGAUAUUUGUGGAAAGGGCUUUAGAAGUCCAGUAAUCCUGGAGCGUCACAAAGUUGCACACCGUCAGAUCCUUUCACAAAUGGACAACUUUUGUGAAGUUGAAGUGCGUCCAUCUGCAGUUCCAUACCAAUGUGGAAAAUGUGACUCCAGCUUCAAAACCCUGGAUCUGCUUUUCCAUCACCAGAUCCUCCACCCCUGUCGUUCUAGGCAGAGUGAUGGGUCAAAUCAUUGCACAAGAAACCAGGAUUUGCAUCAAGCCGCCCAUUCCAGUGCUUCAACUUGUGAACCGACUGGUUACAAUCCCCAGUGUGUGAAAGACUGCCCUUCCACUCUGCCUUCUGACCGAACGAACAAUAAACCACUUAAGGUCCGUUCCCAAUCAAAGCAUGCUAACCUACCUCAUCACUUGCUUCUCUCUGAAACUGUGUUUUUACAUCCCAUGCACAGGCAGAAAAACUUGUCUGCUCAGAAUACCAUUGAUGCUGAUACCCCUCUUUGGUCUGAUGCCCACUUUGAUCCUCAUUCUCAAAGUAAAGAAGCUCAAGAUGUCAACAAACUGCAAUGCACUGGGAGUGCUGUGCAUACUAAUUAUCAAGUUUCGGUGGAGCCCUCUCCCAGGGAUUUAUCAGCAGUCACCGAUAAGAUGGAGGAAAGAACUGAGGUUGUUGGAUGUACUGAGUGUAAUGCUACAUUUACAGCUAUUCCUCUAUUAUUUCAGCAUUAUUUGCAACAUGCCAGGGAGGAGGUAUAAAGGCCCCAAAUGACAGUAUUUGUAAUGAUGAACUCAGUGAGUUUAGUUACUGAUUUUAAUAUAAGAGCAUAUUAUGUUUUUCUGUUCCUUCAGAAGUACUGGAAAUGCUUUUACUCCCUCAGACGGAAAUAUAUAGCUGUCCUAGGAUGCAGCUGUGGAUGAUAAUCCACUUGUUAAAUUGUCCUUAAAUUUUAAAUAAAUUGAAAAGACAUGUUUGUGUUUUCUGCCCUUAUAUCUAUAUCUGUCAAUUAGAAAAAUCUGGCAUUUACUGUUGUGAUCAGAAAUUUUCCCUGUUCCCUGUUCUGUCGCACUCAAAGUAAUAACCAGUUUGUAACAAAUGUUUAAUAAGCCAAAUAUUUGAUCAAAGGCAGAUGAAUAUAUUUGACUCUAAUAUUAAGAACAUUUCAAGAUGGUAUUACGUUUCAUAAGGUCAUGAUGUUUUCAUGUUUCUUUUGGACUCAUCAAUGCAUACAUGUCUGUAUCUUUAUCCUGCCCAGCCUUUUUGACAAGUAUGUAUAAGAGAGAUUUCUCAGAAACUAGAUACGGCACUAACUUGGUCAGAACUAGACAGAGUGUUGGUUAUUUUUGAGGUUAUUGCAACACUCUAGCAGGAAUUGUCACCUAACAUUAGCACAAUGGUUCAGUGGUUUGUGAAUUAUGUCUUUUAGGUUCUCUGUGAUACAAGCAUUUCUAACACAUUAAGCACCUCAUCUCUAAAUUGUAUAUUUAAUUAAUUUGUAUUUGUCC